GUCCGCUAAAAUAUAAAAUGCGCGGGAAUCUAAGAUAUUGCUGAACCAAUUGGCAUAGCAUGCCCCCAGUCGGGCAAGUACAGAAAAGAAAAGGGCAUAUACCGGUAGAAAUUUCAACCAAACAAAGAGACAGAAUUUUUAUUGUACGCCACCAUAACAAGAGGGAAGGCAGAAAACAAAAGAACUCACAUAAAAUAUACGUGAAUAGAUAGCAUGUGACAUGAAAAUACGGCCAACGUUAUAAAUGCCUGCAAUGCCCCGAGAUAAUAGAAUAUAUUUUGUAUAAUUUAGGGGAUAAGCAUAAACAUAAGAAAAAUAGAAAUAUCAAAAUACUUGCGCAUCAGUUAAUGUAUAGGUAUAGAUCAGAAUAUUUAUAAUUUUGUCUGUUCAUUACUGGAUAGAGUAGA